UUGAGAACCGAGUGCUUGUCACUGCACGCCAGUAUCCUGCACCUACGCAGCACACAGUACCUUCUAUGCGGUAGGUAGACAUUACCAGUCGGGACUCAGCAGGUUGAGCCGAAUGGUGACUGCGGUCCAAGAUGCGGUACCUAUCACACCCGAAAGAAAAGCGACCAAACGGCAGUGCUCCAUAGCAUCAGUGACUCUCUCGGAGCCUCAUCCGGUGCGAGGAAUCAACAGCAUGAUAGGCACACAUGCACCCGUUCCUACCAGCAUCCACUUAAACGGUCCCAACCCCGCCUACACUUCCAGUACGCGCACGCCUCGGUCGAAAAUGGAUGACGCCCCGUUGCCAGCCCGUUUUCCUGCUUGUGCUCGGGGACAUGGCAGUUCAGACAAAUCCAAGAAGAUACGUCCCGCCGUCAGGGGAUUUGAACCAGAACAACUGCCCCGUACUUUGAUACUCCGAACAGCCACAAGGGCGGCUCCAGACUACGGCACGGCGGUCUAUUGUAUUCGUCUUUACAAUAUUGCAUUUAUGUUAACAAUUCACUUUUUUCUUUGUUCUUCCUUUCUUUGGCAUGGUGAUUUUCCGUAUGGACGGUUGACCAUGGAAGCAAGGAAACCGGGGGCAAGAUGGGCAGACCAGGUCCGGGGUCCGUUGUCAGCGCGGCCCCUGGAUUCCAUAUUCAAGAUCCCAAAAGCCCACCGAACGAACGGCUUUGCGUUCAAGACACACAGGGCAAAAAAAAAAAUUCUCACUGGUGGAACGUAUCUUUUUGGCUUCAUCUGAUGUCCCUGGUCAUUUACAGAUGCAGGGGGUUCUUACGAGCGAGCAAAAGCCAUGGACGGACUCAAAAUACAAACCAGGACAAACAGUCUGGCAGUGACGCAGCACAACGACAACAAGAACAGGGACCCCCAAGUAUGCUUCAACGGUACGGUUACCCCAUUGAAACUCCUCAGACACUGCGAGCAAUGGCAUAAGGUGUUGUUGCUGGCAUUUCCUGGUGUUUCGGUGCAUCAGUUGCCCUGAAUACGGACUGCGCAUUGGGUUCAAACCUUUAGGUUUCCUCGACAAACACUCCCUGGGGCACAUCAUAACUUUCAUGACCCCCUUUUCACCACCUUUUCUAGCAAGUUUACCACAGGUACCAUCGGACAAGAGGGUGGGUACGGGUGAUGCGAUCGCUUCAACGCAACGCUAGACCGCACUGAGUAGCAUCACUUUCGUGCUGUAUCGAAACCUGUACCCCCUCAACCCU